UCCGUAGUAUGCAACUGUGCAAGGAAUUUCAUUGCUUUAUUUGGCUAUGAUUUGUGUACCCCAACUAGUUUCGUGGCCCCAAAGUCUUGGGGCCGCACCAAAGAUCGAAUCUUGUCUACAUUCAAUCAUGCCUGUGUAAUUUGUUACACGUACUAAGCUUGAUAAAAGUGUCCACCAAGGCUGCAGGGUAGCACUAGAACGAAGAAGAACUAGCUUGAGAAAUAUUUAAGGCUAAAUUAAUAGUAGAAGUUUUUCUGAUGAACUAAGAAUCAAGCAAUCCUUUUCCCCCCAUCUUACAAGACUUAUCUUGAUAAAUAUACCUGAAUUGUCAUUAAAGGUAUUCCAUUUCUUCAUUCCUAUGAACCUUUAAGCCUUAGUUCUUGUCUAUAUAGUUGAAUCGUUCCUUCGAAAACUUAUCCAUCCAUCAAAACCAAAUUUCUUUCGGAAUAUAUACAAGCCUUUUGCAUAUUUUGUUUCCCUUCACAAUGCCAAUGAAACCGACAACCACCAUGUCUUCUGAGGCAAUGCAGCCGAACCCACCAUCUAACGAAGGGGAGAAGCACAAACAGUUAGACCACGAGAUUAGAGAGAUGGUCUCUUCUCUUACCUCCCGCCUCAAUGAUCUUCAUCAAAGCCAUAAGCCGGGAGGGAGUGGGCCCCAUAUGGGGGACGAAGAUGAAAACGGAGUUAGAAUCAUCACGAUUGCUGGGACCAACACAGGGGCUACCAUGAAGCGUGAAUUGUUGGAUCAUCACCAUAAACAUCACCACCACCACCACCACCACGAGGUAUUCCCCGAUGAUGAUCAGCCUGAAGGUUUGGACACCUAUGUGAACAGCAACUCCCAAGCCGUCAACAACUCGAUCAUGCUUGGUGCUAGCUACACCAGCAAUGAUCCAGGUGUCCACAUGGACAUUACAGAUGUAGUGGACACCCAUGGCCGGAAGGUCGAGAAGCACGGGAGAAGAGGAAUAAGAAAGGGAAAGGAGCCUGCUCAAGCCAACUUACAGUCUGAGUUUUCUGAAUGAUCAUCUGAGUUCUGACAAGGAAUCAAACAUGACCAAAUAAUUGCAUUUCUUGUAAUAUUCUAGCCUCCGACGUGUAAGAGAAAAUUAUGUGAUUAAGUCAAAUCGAAAACUUUACAAAUAGAAUGUGUGGAUGUAUGUGAUAGGUUGAGCCGUUGAGUAGUUCUUGAUUCUGUUGUGUGUACCUGUUUUUGGAGUUGUACCUCUAAAUUCACAAUAAUGGGAAUAUCUAGCUAUCUUCAGUUUUAAAA